UUCCACAAAUUGACCACAUGAUUUCAUGAUGGCAGACGAAAUCGAAGGUGCGAAUGUUUUGGCCCAGGCAUUAAAAGCUCAGGGUGUAGAGUAUAUGUUCGGCAUUGUUGGUAUUCCAGUGAUUGAGGUGGCAUAUGCUGCACAAGCUCAUGGCAUCAAAUACAUCGGAAUGCGAAAUGAACAGGCUGCCUCCUAUGCUGCCUCAGCCAUUGGUUAUAUGACAGGAAGGCCAGCUGUCUGCCUUGUUGUCUCAGGCCCAGGACUUAUCCAUGCCUUGGCAGGGAUGGCUAAUGCACAGGUCAAUUGCUGGCCAAUGAUUGUAGUAGGGGGUAGCAGUGAACUUCAUCAGGAGAGUAUGGGAGCUUUUCAGGAGUAUCCACAGGUUGAAUUAUGCAGACCUUACUGCAAGUACACUGCACGUCCAAGUAAAGUGGAGAGAAUUCCAUUCUACAUUGAAAAGGCAGUUCGUCACAGUAUUUACGGAAGGCCUGGUGUGAGUUACAUUGACCUGGCUGGAAAUAUGGUUACGCAGAAAGUCAGAGUAGCGGAUCUCAGUCCAAAUAUUAAGUGUUUAGAUCCUCCAAAGACCCAGGCAGAUCCAGACAAAAUAAAAGAGGCCCUAGAUGUCAUUCAUUAUGCUGAGAAACCACUUGUUAUAGUGGGGAAAGGUGCUGCAUAUGCUAAAGCAGAAAAAUCUGUCAAGCAGUUUAUAGAAUCCAUCCGACUUCCAUUUCUACCGACCCCAAUGGGAAAAGGUGUAUUACCUGAUGACCAUGAACUUUGUGUGGCUCCUGCAAGGUCAAAAGCGCUACAGGAAGCUGAUGUCAUCCUUCUUUUAGGAGCAAGAUUAAAUUGGAUUCUCCACUUUGGUUUGCCACCGAGAUUUAAUCCAAAGGUCAAGGUCAUACAGGUGGAUAUUUGUGCUGAAGAGAUGAGUAAUAAUGUACAGAAUGCUGUAUCUCUAGUAGGAGAUUUAGAUGCUGUCAUGAUACAGAUGAAUGAACAACUGAGCAAAAUUCCAGGUCAGUUUUAUUUCAAUCCAAAAUCUCCAUGGUGGAAAACUCUCAAUAGCAAAGUGCAACAGAAUCAAAAGGCUGUGCAAGCAAUGAUGGAUGACAAAAGUGAACCCCUUAACUACUAUGCAGCAUAUAGUGAGAUACAAAAGUUUCUUCCCAAGGACUGUAUAAUUGUCAGUGAAGGAGCCAACACUAUGGACAUUAGCAGGACCAUGGUACCAAACCACCUUCCUAGACACAGAUUAGAUGCUGGUACAUUUGGGACAAUGGGAGUGGGUUUGGGAUUUGCUGUGGCUGCUGGGAUCUGGUGCAGGGAUCAUGCUCCAGAAAAAAGAGUCUUUUCCAUUCAAGGAGAUAGUGCAUUCGGAUUUUCUGGAAUGGAAAUUGAAACAAUAUGCAGGUACAAGCUGCCAGUAACUCUGAUGAUAAUAAACAAUGGUGGAAUUUAUGCUGGUGUGCCAGAAGAUGUGUGGAAAUCUAUGCAGGCUGAGGAUCUCACACUUAUGUCUCCCCCUACAGCUCUGAUGGCAGCAGCUAGGUAUGAGAAGAUGAUUGAGGCCUUCGGAGGUCGAGGUUACUGUGCGAGAACAACAGAUGAAAUCAACAAGUAUCUUGCAGAGGUCACAAAGGACCCAGAGAGGGUGGCGCUCCUCAACAUCCUCAUCAGUCCUAUGUCCACGAGAAAAACUCAGGAUUUUGACUGGUUAACCAAGUCAAAAAUGUGAGGAGGAAAAAAUAUCAGCUUUAUCAAGAUGAUUGGACAAUCAAGUACAGUACUAGAUGAGAGAUUUUUUACAGGAAUUCUAUGCAUUUCACAAAUCCUUCUUCAAGUGGAUCACUGGAAAUAUUUUUAAAUUAAUCAUGAGCUCAAAUUGUCUGUGAUCACUUUAUUUAGAAGGGAAAAAGUUAUUGUUCUACUUAAUUUGAAAAUUAAAUACAUAUAGCUGUGCUUCAUCAGCAUCACAUGUAGAAGUCAAAUGUUUAUAGAAAGUACCCAAAGACAUCUGAUGAAAUGUUUUUUGAAAUUACAGUAAAUGUUUCUUUGAUCAGAAAAAUUUAUUCUUCCACUGUGACAAGAACUGCAAUUGGUGCUUCUUCAAUUAUUCCAUUGCUGUACAAGACUUGCAAUGGUGACUAUGUUUUUAGUGACAAGACAAAUUUUUAUGGGUCGGAUCAUAAAUACAAAUAUGAUUUUCAGUUUGAUCUCUGUUAUUGUUUUAUAUAUUAUUGUUAAACUGUGAUAAUAUUUUAAUAUGUGAUUAAGAUUUUGUUUUCUUUUUAUCACAAUUGUUAAAAUAAGACUCUGAUUUAAGAAAUAUAAAGUAUCACUUGUCA